GAAGUGACAUCACCACAUUGCGUUUGUAUUCCACUGUGAGGAUGGAAGGCCUAUGACAACUAGAGACCUGGAGCAGCAAAAGGGUCGAGUGAUGAAAUCCAUUUCCAUCUUCUUAACAGAAAGAAAAAAUGAACAUGAAAUCUAGAAGAGCAUAAUCUACAGUCUUUAAGCUUCCAUUCGGGGCUAAUAUUGUGGCAUUUUAUUCACUGGUACUUUAGAAAAGUGAUGGUGAAAGCUGAAGUCCAACGAAAGGAUCCGGAUUCUUCUCAGGGAUUCGGGAGGGCUGGAGUGGCGUAAAGUUGAAAUUUAAGAAAGGGACUGUAGGUGUUUUUUGUUAAUUAAACAACAGGUUUUAGUUCGGUGACGAGUUUUUGUUACUUGGUUUGUGACUUGUUAAAUAAAAUCCUGUCCUGCUAGUUAGUAGGUAAUUGUCAUCACAGCCAUGGAUCUUCGAGUGGGAAACAGAUACAGACUGGGCAGGAAAAUUGGAAGUGGAUCUUUCGGUGACAUUUAUUUGGCUCCACUGACCCUGCCUUCAAUUUUCGCACAUUAGUGCACAGAGGGAUUUAAGAAGUGAAACAGCUUUGCAGAAAACUGGGGCCUGAGAAGCAGCAGAUAGCAGUUUAAAAGGCACUGACAUUUCAGUUAGGGAGGAAGUGGCCAUCAAGCUGGAAUGUGUGAAGACGAAGCAUCCUCAGCUUCACAUCGAGAGCAAGAUCUACAAGAUGAUGCAGGGAGGAGUUGGUAUCCCUACCAUAAAGUGGUGUGGUGCAGAGGGGGACUAUAAUGUGAUGGUCAUGGAGCUGCUGGGGCCCAGUCUGGAAGAUCUUUUCAACUUCUGCUCCAGGAAAUUCAGCCUGAAGACUGUUCUACUCCUUGCUGAUCAGAUGAUCAGCCGCAUAGAAUACAUCCACUCGAAGAACUUUAUCCACAGAGACGUAAAGCCUGAUAACUUCCUAAUGGGACUAGGGAAGAAAGGGAACCUGGUCUACAUAAUUGACUUCGGUCUAGCCAAGAAGUACAGAGACGCUCGCACCCACCAGCACAUUCCAUACAGAGAGAACAAGAACCUGACUGGCACCGCCCGCUACGCUUCGAUCAACACUCAUCUGGGCAUUGAGCAGUCCCGGCGUGACGACCUGGAGUCUUUGGGAUAUGUGUUGAUGUAUUUUAACCUGGGUUCACUGCCAUGGCAGGGCCUGAAGGCUGCCACCAAGAGACAGAAAUACGAGCGCAUCAGUGAGAAGAAAAUGUCCACGCCUAUUGAAGUGCUCUGCAAGGGCUACCCCUCUGAAUUUGCCACAUACCUCAACUUUUGCCGUUCACUACGUUUUGAUGAUAAGCCUGACUACUCCUACCUCAGGCAGCUUUUCAGGAACCUGUUCCACAGGCAGGGCUUCUCAUACGACUAUGUCUUUGAUUGGAACAUGCUCAAAUUUGGUGCUAACCGUGCAGCAGAGGAGGCGGAGAGAGAGAGGAGAGACCGUGAGGAGAGGCUGAGGCACAGCAGGAAUCCUGCCGCUAGUGGCAUCCCAUCAGCCUCUGGGAGACCCCGUGGCACACAAGACGGCGCCCCACCUACACCCCUCACUCCCACCUCACACACAGCAAACACAUCCUCGCCACGUCCUGUAUCCGGUAUAGAUCGGGAACGGAAGGUGAGCAUGAGGCUUCAUCGUGGUGCUCCUGUUAACGUCUCUUCAUCAGACUUGACAGGACGGCAAGAUGCCUCACGCAUGUCCACCUCACAGAAUAGCAUUCCCUUCGAUCAUCACGGCAAAUAGCUGCUCAUCACGUCCUAGUGUGAAGGCGGCAACACCUGAUUCCGAAUAAAUUUCCCAGAAUUUAUUCCCUAGACCAUGGAGUCCAGAGGAUGACCCAUGUGGCAGACUCAUGGCUCUUCUCGUACAGCGACGAAGCGGGGCAGACCGUGUCUCUAUAACCGACGAAACCAAAAUGGUUCAGAAUCAACUUGACCUUUUUAAGGGUCUCUAUCUUGCUCUUACUUUAUCUUCUACCGUCUCUUACUCUCCUUUUUUCACUCUGGUGUAUAUGCACACAGACAGAGGAUUUUAUGAUCGUACCUUGUCUAAGGAGACAUUGGGACUGAACUAACAAUGAGUGAAUCAACCAGCUCAACUCCAGUAUCCUUUACACUGGUGUCUCUCUUUAUGCUAGUACUUUGUCUGUACAUCCACACUGCUGCAUAAUCCAUCAUUUAUGGUUUUUCUAAUAAGGUUUAUGUAUUUAACAGUUGACUUGGUUCCAUUUGGUAUACUGCUUUUUCUUUUUUUUUUUUUUUUUUUUUUAAAUAAAUGUAAAUCCUUCCCAUGUCCUAAAACUCUCUCUACAAGGCUCCAUAUCUAGAAGUGUUGCCAUGCUUUUAUUUUACCCAUUAUAGUUCUUUUAUUAUAUUUUGAUGAUUCUAUUUGUAACUGGUGAGUGGUGCAAGAUGGGUUACUGUUGCAUGCUCAUGUUUAUGUUUUAGUUUGAAGAGCUAAGGGGCCAAAUUGUCAGCAUUUCUAACUCAUGAUAAACCUUAUUGGAUGAUUUACUGGACCCUAGACCAUACAAUUUAACAGGGCCCUGUGGGACUCACCUCUUAUGUUUAUUUUUAUUUUUUUUUCCUCAUUCUUCCUUCUGACAUUUUCUAAGAUGUAUUACUGCCCCAUGCGUUGUUGUUGGAGCUCUGUUCUGUUUCUAAGCUGUGAAAAUUGUAAUAUAUCUGUGUAAAUGUUUCCAUUUUUCACCUAACAGAGACUACGAACGAGAUGCAAAUUACAUUAAGAGUCCAGAAACAUUACGGGUUUUUCAUUUUUCUUUUUUCCCCCUUUCUUAAUUCUACAUCAAGCCAAUAAAAUGAAGUGCUGGAUAUGAGAGGUAUUACCGAUUACUCGGCUGUCACUUAGGCUCUGCUGUUGAUGGUUGCACAUCAUGCAAAUAAGCCAUCAUUUGUUGAAGCAGGUAGAGGCAUGAUUGCUAAACGUCUGUUUAAAAUGAACUGACUCCUCUAAGUUAAGGUGUUAGUCGGUGAGAUGACGCUUUCCACAGCAGCCCAGCUGUCAAGGUUGAAAACGGAGUCCUCUCUAAUGAAUGUUCCAGCGCUGAUUUGGCUCUGCAGAUUGACCUAAAAGCUGAUGUAUUAUGUUUGUUAGAGAAAGCGUGUUGUUCUGAGCCGCUUUAUUCAUGUCCUAAUGAAGAUCAGUGUGUGGACUGGAGAAAGCUGCGCCUAGAAUAGCAUGCUCUUUGCUUUGAUGUGUCUGAUACAUGAUCAUGUACUAGUUCUAAUGUACCUGUUCUGUUUGAAGGGGGCAUGUGUGUGAGACCUGAAUAAUGGGAUGGCGUUGCUGGUUUCCUAAAGCCCAUUCACAGUUUGGGCUUGUCAUGCCAAUUCAUGAGCCCUGCUACAUUUUGUAUCACUGUAUUUGUGCACCACAUUUUUUGUACAUGUGUAAAUAAAUGAGUUACUUGUAUUAUUUUAACUGCA